AUGGUUUCAGGGCCAGACGCGGACAAGCAACCGAAAAUAAGCUUCAGCCUGCGAAUCCGGCCCCCCAUCCGCCUGCUGGUGGACCUGAUUCUACUGGGCAUCCUGAUCGUCCUCGUUGAGAACUUUGGCUACUUCUGGGGACCGACCACCAAGCGCGGCUUCUUCUGCACCGACGAGUCCCUGAGGUACCCGUACCACGAGAACACCGUCAGCCCCACCCAGCUGCACUGGCUGGGCCUCUACCUUCCACUAAUCUUCGUAGUCCUGCUCGAGAGCCUGCUCUGCUGGCACGGGGGCGUUACCCACUGGGGCCACCUCUGGUCGGUGUACAACACGGCCCGCUGGUACCUCUACGGCUACGUGGCCAACGACCUGAUCAAGGGCAUCGGGAAGCACACCAUCGGCCGCCUGCGGCCCCACUUCUUCGCUGUCUGCAAUCCGCACUUCCCGGACGGAGGCAGCUGCUCGGAUGGGGUGCACGAAGAUGACCUAAGCUACCACGAGGACUACAUCUGCCGGUCGGAACUCACGGGAGCCACCGAGGAGAUGCUGCGGGACAUGCACGUGUCCUUCCCCAGCGGCCACUCGGCCAUGGCCUUCUACGGCCUGGUGUUUGUGGCCCUGCAUCUUCACCGCCGCCGCUGGCCCCUACCCGGCUCUCUGCUGGGCCCCGUGCUCCAGCUGGUCUGUGUGGCCCUCGCCUCGUUUGUGGCCCUCAGUCGCGUCAUGGACUACAAGCACCAUUGGUCGGAUGUUGCGGCCGGAUCGCUGCUGGGCGCCGGCGCCGCCUUUGUGGUUGUCUGGGCAGCCGCCUCUGAAGAGCGGCAAAGGUCUCUGGAUGCGGGGAAGGAUGCCAGUAACAGGGAGGAAAAGGAAGAGGCUAAGGACAGCCAACAGUUGGGUCGUGAUUUGUGCCUUGUUACUAGCUAGUGUAAUAAUUAGUCGAGCUGGCGCUUUAGUUUUAGGUUGAAAAUAAACUUAGUGACGAGAUAAUCUCG